AUGGACAACACAACAGUCAAAUAUUUCAUAAUGAAAGCCUAUGAUGAAUUGGGCCCAACCAAAUACAUGCUAUUCAUAGUAUUUAGUUUUUUGUAUAUUGUCACUAUGUCUUGCAGUUUACUGUUAAUUGCCGUGAUUUACAAAUACAAAGACCUGCAUCAACCUAUGUAUAUUUUUGUAUGUAAUUUAGCUUUUAAUGGAAUAUAUGGCAGCACAAGCUUGAUGCCUGCCACUUUAACUUUGCUUGCGUCGAAGACACAUGAAAUAGCAAUACCCUGGUGUAUGACACAGAUAUUUUUCAUACAUUAUUAUGCAGCUAUAGAAUUUUCAAUUUUGUCAGUCAUGGCUUAUGAUAGGUAUGUUGCUAUCUGUUAUCCACUGCUGUACCACAACAUCAUGACUUUUUCAAGAACAUGGAAACUCCUUGCACUGGUGUGGCUAUUUCCUCUGGUUUGUUUAUUGGGUUACUUAUCUUUUACUGUGCCGUUGAAUUUUUGUGAACCAAAAAUUCAAAAACUGUAUUGUGUCAAUAUGGAAGUGGCUAGAAAUUCCUGCUCAAGUACAGCUCAUAUCAGUGUUUUGGGCAUUGUAACAAUAUUAGUCAUGCCACAGUUGAUUAUGAUUGUGUUCUCAUAUAUCAAAAUCCUCAGAGUUUGUUGGGAAUUAUCAAGAGACACCCAGAAGAAAGCUUUGAAAACAUGCGGUCCUCAUAUCUUGUCCGUUUUGAACUACGCUGUUGGAUGUCUUUUUGAGAUUGCUCAAAGUAGAUUUGACAUGACGUUCAUGCCAAUCAGCACACAAAUCUGUGUCCUAUACUUUGUAGUGAUCCCACCCAUUUUAAAUCCUGCAAUGUAUGGAAUGGGAACUCAGGUUAUUAGGGUGUAUGUUUGGAAAUGUUUAGGAAAAAUAACAAAAUAACAAUGUGAAAAUGGCACGUUUUAAAAGCAGUUUAAUAGAAGAUUUUCACAAAAGCAGCUCAAUAAUAUACUACUUAUGAAGAUUUUUUUUUUGUUUAAUAAAUAUCUUAUAGUGAAGCAUAGAAUCUACAUAGGGAAGUGGUUAUUUGACAAUUUGCUGUUUUAUCCAGAAUAGGCUUGCAAGGCAACUGCUAUGCUAUAUGCCAUGUAUGCAGAUACUGCAAUUGUUUGAACAUAAAAAUUGAAUCAAUAGGGCUAAAAGUGAGUUUUUAAUUGAAACCGCAACUGUAAAUUGUUUUUGUGUCAUGCAUUUUCAAAGCAUAUUAUGUUGACUAUUAGAUGUUCUCA